AUGCGCGCCACAAACUUUAGUUCGCCACUCCAACACCACCCGCCGCAUCGCGGCCGUGUUCGAUGCGGUACACGAGCCACGCGAGCAGUCAACCCUCGUAUUGGAAAAAAAGAGUGUCCAAUAAAUGUGGUGCUCUGUGGGUGGCCCCAUUCGUGCUUCUGA